CCUGCGCACGCGUCGGUGUCGGCACUCACACUUCAUGCCUAGGGGGCGCUGCUCUGGCAGCUGCUGCGCCCCCGCCGCCUUGCACCUCCCCGUCUGGUCCAGAUAGGGUUGUGUGAGUGCAUAGGCCCGUGCGUCGUGCGACCUCGUAGGUGAAGGUCGGGCGCUACGGGCCUCCCGCCCGCACAUCAACGUGCGGCGCGGGUGGCGUCGUGGAUCCUGCGCACCGCUCGCGCGCCUGCGAUCCUGACGUCCUCCCGGGGGGCGCGCGCAGCGCCCCCUGUUCACUCCUCGUGCCACCCGUGGCACCGGCGUGUUCCUCCGCCACGGUGUGGUGUGGCACGCCCCCCCCUCUCCUCCCUCUGCAUGUGUGUAGUCAUACCCUCUCCUCCCUCUCCUCCCCCUGAUAAUGACUCAUGUGUGUAGCCAUACAUGGAAGAAGAGUCAUUGCCGAUAUGCUAUUUAGGAAUUUGUUUUCUACUAUUUCUCCAUUACUAGUGUAG